UAAUGGAUGUUUGUUGAGGCACUUAUCAGCUCAAUGUCGAGAACAAAGCCGGCUGUGUUGGAGUACAGAGAAAAGCAGGGACACGAUUAUAGCUGUUUACUGAAGCAGGGCUCGCUGCUGAUCGGUAAUAAGUUCCCCUGUGGGUGGCCGAUACGGUUAAAACACCGUAUCGCCGUAUCGAGUCAAGAUAUUUAUAGACACGUUUACUAUUGGAUUGCGAGUCAAUAUGAUUGUUUGGCACAGAAAACAAAACGCAUCAGUCGAGACAGGUUCUUAAAAACUGAUAUAGAAUCUGGGGUUUCAGUCAGGAGUUACAGGACUUGCAGCGAGACCCUCCUUCACAAUGUUCAGCGGGACCAAUGGGCGAGGAUUGGUGACAGUCCAUUUCAGGGUGGUGUUUUCUUCUUGACUAUACAGUUCCCUACAGACUACCCCUUUAAACCACCUAAGGUUGCCUUCACAACAAAAAUCUACCAUCCUAACAUCAAUAGUAACGGCAGUAUCUGUCUAGACAUCCUGCGCUCACAGUGGAGUCCUGCCCUCACCGUGUCUAAAGUGUUGUUAUCCAUAUGCUCGCUACUGUGUGACCCAAACCCAGACGACCCUUUAGUUCCAGACAUAGCGCACACCUACAAAUCAGACAAAGACAAGUACAACCGACUGGCUAGAGAAUGGACUCAGAAAUAUGCCAUGUAAUUGCCUCUGCCACCCAGGAUGGGCAGGGUUUCAAAUGGUUGCAUGUGGACAAUAGUGCAGAUGGUACUGUAAAGCACCUGAAUCAAAACUGGUUGAGUUUUUUUCGUUUUCUUUACAGAGGAUAUCCUGUAACUGAAGCUGCUUUACGCAGUGAAGCCUUUUGCUUUUAUCUUUAUUUUUUUCUUUUUUGAAAAGAUACAAAGGAUCGCAAGAGUCAUCGUCAACCAGCUAACUGCUUAUAACAGAGUUUGGGAAUUUGGGAAAAGCCAAAACAACAAAAUGCAAGAGGAAAUAUUUUGAAAGUGAUUUCUUUUUCCUGUGUUAUAGAUACACCCUUUUCUUUUAGAUGUUUUAUUGUAUAGUAAUAACAAUCUAUACUGAAACUAUUUUUAUUAUUUUGCAUUAAAAAAAGAAUAAUAAAAAAAACACUGGUGGCUGAUUGUUUUGCAGUAAUCAGGAAAUAUUGCUGUGUAAGGUUGUUAUUUACAGAAUGUGUGAUAUGUUUGUGUUAUAUAGCUUUGAUGGUUUCUUUACACUGGACUAAGCAAACAAAAGCAUUAUUAGCAUUAUUUUAUGGCUACAGGUAAUUUUAAACUGUAUUACAAAUAGGCUUAUUUUUCAUUAAAGUUUAAGAUUGUAAAACAUA